UAAUUCAUGAAACACCUUCGUAUUUUAACGAACAAUAUGUGAAUCCAGAGGUGGCUUGCUGCGCGAAAUAUAACCAAAAUUUUCCCUGUCGAUCUAUAAUUCAUGAAACAAUAUACAUGAAUGAUUCAUAUGUGAAUUCUGAGAUGGUACGCUACAGAAGAAAAAAGUCUGCAUUUAACCAAAAUUUUACUUGUCAAUCAAUAAAUCAAGAAAUGAUACCAUCUCUGAACGAACACAUUUGCCCUGAAAUACCUCGCUUAUCACAUAGUGAUUCAUCGUCGGUGCUAGAGGUAAACCGAGGAACUUAUGAUAAAAUGGCCAUAGACCGAGAGUCUAAAUGUUUUAAUAGAACACAAGAUUUACGUGAGCAGAUGAUAGAAUGUUGGUCUUCUCACAAGCUUGAAGAAGAUAGGUCGUAUAAGAGAUGCACAGAUUCAUGUUUAUAUACAUGCAAAGGUGACCAACCAAGUAUAAUUUUUCAAAAAGGACAGUAUGCAUGUAAUGAACCGAGCUGUAAUUACCGUUUUCUUCGUCAAUCAGAUUUGGAAAAUCACAUAAUUGUACAUAUAAGGUUUAAACCUUUUACUUGUAAACAUCCCGGAUGUAAUCAAUCAUUUCCGUGGCUCUAUCUUUUAGAAAAGCAUCUUCUCACCCAUGAGACCGGAGGCCCUCUGAAAUGUGAUUAUUCUGGAUGUGACAGGGAAUUUAUGGCACCGAAAUGA